GGAGCCGGGCCGCGGGCGCGAGGGGCGAGCGGACGACGAACGCCUGACGCGCCGGUGGGUGUGCUGCGAGCCGCGGGCGGACGGGGUCUUCGGCGACUGCGCGGGACACACCGACCGGCCGGACAAGACGGCACCGUCUUAGGAAGCAGAUUUGCUGUGGUGCUGAAGGUGUUGACUGUCAGUGGAGCUCGGGCGGGCGGCAGGCUCGCGGCGUCCGCAGGCGGUAGCGGAGGACAUCCGGUGUCGGGCAGUGGACGAGCGCGUCACUGUCGCCGGUGGCGUGGCCCGAGCGGCGGCGCCGGGAGCGCAUACAUUUUGGCGCGCUGCGUCUGAACUUGUAAUGCUGUCCAAGCGCCUGUGACCUGCAACGAUGCUCUUCCAACUGUAUUGGGUCGUGCUGCUCGCGGCGUGGGCGCUCCCCUGCUUGUCGCUGGAGGAGAACGUCUGCAUCGGCACGAGCGGACGCAUGUCCGUGCCGGGCAACCGCACCACCCACUACCAGAACCUCAGGGACCGCUACACCAACUGCACCUACGUAGACGGCAACCUGGAGCUCACCUGGCUGCAGGACGACCGGCUCGACCUCAGCUUUCUGCAGUAUAUCCGAGAGGUGACCGGAUACGUCCUCAUCUCCUACGUGGACGUGCAGCGGCUGGUGCUGCCCUCGCUGCAGAUCAUCCGCGGGCGGACAGUCUUCAAGCUGAACGUGCGUGACGAGGAGUUCUCCCUCAUGGUGACCAUGUCCAAGAUGCUCAGCCUGGAAAUGCCGGCCCUCAGGGACGUACUGGCCGGCAGCGUGGGCAUCUUCAACAACUACAACCUCUGCCACAUUAAAUCGAUCAACUGGGACGAGAUCCUGACCGGGCCGGGCGCGAUCGACGUAUACGUGUACAACUUCACGGAACGCGAGCGGAAUUGCUCGAGCUGCCACGAGUCCUGCCCGGCCGAGGGCGGCUGCUGGGGGCCCGGCGCCGACAACUGUCAGCGGCUCAGCAAGAUCAACUGCUCGCCUCAGUGCCACGGCGGCCGCUGCUUCGGUCCGGAGCCGCGCCAGUGCUGCCACCUCUUCUGCGCUGGCGGCUGCACGGGUCCCACCCAGUCUGACUGCCUCGCAUGUCGGAACUUCUACGACAACGGCGUCUGCAAGCAGGAGUGUCCGUCCAUGAUGCGCUACAACUCCAUCACGUAUUCGUGGGAGCCGAACCCGGACGGCAAGUUCGCGUACGGUGCCACGUGCGUGCGCGAGUGUCCCGAACACUUGCUCAAGGACAGCAGCGCGUGCGUGCGCGCCUGUCCGCCCAACAAGAAGGCUGUCAAGGGCGAGUGUGUUCCCUGCAACGGACCCUGCCCCAAGGUGUGCGAGAUCGGCAAGGACGGGAUUAUCCACGCCGGCAACAUCGACCACUUCAAGAACUGCACCAUCCUGCAGGGCUCGCUGCGGGUGAUGCAGCACUCGUUCGACGGCUACCAGGAGAUCUACAACAACUACUCUUUCGGGCCGCACUACGGCAAGAUGCACCCGCGCCGCCUGGAGGUGCUGAGCACGGUCCGCGAGAUCACCGGCUACGUGCAGAUCGACGCGUACCACCCCGAGUUCCGCGAUCUGAGCUUCCUGCGCGGCCUGGAGAUCAUCGGCGGCCGUUUCAAGUACGAGUAUUUCACGGCGCUUUACGUGAUCAAGACGUCGCUCGAGUCGCUUGGACUGAACGCCUUCCAGAAGGUGCGCUCGGGCGGCGUGCUGAUCGCCGAGAACAAGCGGCUCUGCUUCGCCGACGGCAUCAACUGGCAGGCGUUCAUCUCACACGACAAGAAGUCGCAGUCCUCCUACGACGUCAUGGUCGGGACGAACAGGAACGCCAGCGACUGCGCGGCCCAUGGCCUCGUCUGUCACGAGCAGUGCACCGAGGACGGCUGCUGGGCGGCUGAUGCCUCCAGCUGCCUGCGCUGUCGCCACUUUCGCGUCGGCGACCGCUGCGUGGAGAAGUGUGACCAGUCACUGGGGAUGUACCAGCGCUCGGAGGACACGUGCGACAUCUGUCACAAGGAGUGCGACGGCCCGUGCACCGGCCACGGGCCCGGCCAGUGCGUGCGCUGCAAGCACGUGCGCGACGGCCCGUACUGCGUGGCGCAGUGUCCGGCGACCAAGUACGACGCGGCGGGCGAGUGCCUGCCGUGUCACGCCAACUGCGUGAGCGGCUGCUCGGGCCCGGCCAACACGGUCGGCGAAGGCGGCUGCUUCAGCUGCGAGGGGGCUGUUCUGGCCAGCGACGGCUCAGUGGACCGGUGCCUGAACGUGAACGAGACGUGUCCGAUGGGAACCUACUUCGAGUUCGUCGGCUGGCAAAAGCAGGGUCCGCUGCGUGCCCUGGCUGGGAAGAGUAUCUGCCGCGGCUGUCAUCCACGCUGCAAAAACUGCACCGGCUUCGGGUUCCACGUGAACGUCUGCCACGAGUGCGUGCGCUACCGCAACGGCGAGCAGUGCGAGGACGCGUGCGAGGACGACUUCUUCGCCGACGAGGAGCGCCACCAGUGUCUGCGUUGUGCCAGCGAGUGUCGCGGCUGCUACGGACCCGGCCAGCGCUGCAAGGCCUGCAGGAACUACCGCAUCUAUCUGGACGCUGCUGAUGGCUCAACCAACAGCUCUGCCUUCAACUGCACGGCCCACUGUCCGGACUCGCACCCGCACAAGAUCUUCCCGGAGGAUGGCGAUGACCCGUACUGCUCGAGCGAGACGGAUGCGCUGCCACUGCACGGCUCGGGAGACAGCGUCACCAUCAUCGCGUCCUCAGUGGUUGUCACGCUUGUCGUCCUGCUGGCGCUCGCUACCGGCGUGAUCUGCAAGUGCCGCAGCGACAAGAAGAAGGAGGACAUGCUGAAGAUGACGAUGAUUAUGAGCAAAGAGGGUCUCAACGAGCCGCUCAAAGUGACUAACGUCAAGCCGAACUUGGCCAAGCUGCGUAUCGUCAAGGAGAUCGAGCUGCGCAAGGGCGGCAUCCUCGGCUUCGGCGCGUUUGGCACCGUCUACAAGGGUGUCUGGGUGCCGGAGGAGGAGCACGUGAAGAUCCCAGUAGCCAUCAAGGUCCUGCGCGAGGGCACUGGCGCCGACACCAACAAGGAGAUCUUGGAGGAGGCGUACAUCAUGGCGUCGCUGGACCACCCGAACCUGCUGCCGCUGCUGGCUGUCUGCAUGACAUCGCAGAUGAUGCUGGUGACGCAGCUGAUGCCGCUCGGCUGCCUGCUCGACUACGUGCGCAAUAACCGCAGCAAGAUCGGCAGCAAGCCGCUGCUGAACUGGUGCACGCAGAUCGCGCGCGGCAUGGCUUACCUGGAGGAGCGGCGGCUGGUGCACCGCGAUCUGGCUGCGCGCAACGUGCUCGUGCAGACUCCCAACUCGGUCAAGAUCACCGACUUCGGGCUGGCCAAGCUGCUCGACAUCAACGAGGAGGAGUACAAGGCGGCCGGCGGCAAGAUGCCCAUCAAGUGGCUGGCGCUCGAGUGCAUCCAGCACCGCAUCUUCAACCACAAGAGCGACGUCUGGGCGUUCGGUGUGACGGUGUGGGAGCUGCUGACGUAUGGCGGCCGGCCAUACGAGAACGUGCCGGCCAAGGACGUGCCCGACCUGCUGGAGAAGGGCGAGCGGCUGCCACAGCCCGGCUGCUGCUCCAUCGAGAUCUACAUGAUCAUGAUCAAGUGCUGGAUGCUGGACGCCGACUCGCGUCCCACGUUCCGCGAGCUGUCUGAAGAGUUUGCCAAAAUGUCGCGCGACCCCGGUCGCUACCUGGUCAUCCCCGGCGACCGGCUGAUGCGUCUGCCUUCCUACACACAGCAGGACGAGCGGGAGCUGAUGCGCAGCCUGGCCGCCUCGGCGCUGGACGGACCGACCGACGUGCUGGUGAACGCCGGCGAGUACCUGAACCCGCAGGGCCACACGGGCUUCAGCACGGCGGCGCCAUCGCUGCGCUCCGGCUACCCGGCGUCGUCGCUGGCCACGCUGCAGGACGAGGUGGACGAGUGGCCGCGGCCCGGCUCGCCGGCCACGUGCGCCGGCCGCCAGCCGCGCUGCUCGGCCGACGGCAGCGGCAAAGGACGCACUGACUCUGUGUCCUCCAGCCCCGGGGACUGCCUGCACUCCGCCGACGGCGAUCUGGGCGAUAACGACUGUUUCGAGCCGGCGACAGGCUACUCCUCGCUGCCGGUCGCCGGCGCGGGUACCUCCCACCAGGCCAUCGUGGCGGGGCUAAAGCUGCACCUGCCGCUCGACGAGGACGACUACCUGAUGCCCUCCAACGGACAGUGCUCGUCCGGAGGGUACAUGGAUCUGGCGGCAGGAUACCAGCCAGGCGAGUCUUCGCGGGCCCCCACCGCGCACCAGCACCCGUUCAUGGUCAGCAUGGACAACCCUGAGUACCACAUGGUGGCGAGUCGAGGUCUGCUGCACGGCUCGCUGGCCGGCGGCCCUCGUCACGGCUACGGCGCCGACUACGGCUACGGUCCGCUCUCAGAGACCGGGUACGCGGCCGGCGGCGCGGCCGGCCCGUUCGGCGGCUCGCCGCCGGCCAGCGGAGCCUACCCGAGCUGCGCGCACCCGGGCGCGCCCUUCGCGAGCAGCGCGCCACCUAGCGGGGCGUACCCGGCGCCCGCGCACGCCGCCGGGACGUUCGUGAACAGCGCGCCGCCCAGUGUGGCCUACCCGGCCGUCGGGCCGUCGCAUCCCGGCGGCCCGUUCGCCGCGAACUGCUACGGCGCGUCGUCGCCGAACUCUGUGGGCGUGCCCGUGGCGGAGGGCGUGGCCCGGUGGGCGGGACGUCGCACACCCGCUGACGAGGCGCCCUACGAGUACUACGGCGCCAUGGAGCGGGAGCCGGACGCCGCCGGGGCGGCCGACGCCUGCCCUAGCGAGACGACCGUGUGA